UAUUGCCGCGGUCCCACUCGACACGAAAUGAAAUCGUUUUUUUUGUAAAAUAAAUUCGGCUGGGGUAUUUUUGUGUAGUGUAUAUAUGUCGAAUAUCCAAUCAAUGUGAAAGUGAAUCGUGAAUAUAAUGAAUGAAAAUCGUGGCGGAAAAUGAAACGCGGUGAAGGCGACAACGCACAACUGGUGCUCGUUGUUACAUAAAAGGCAACCUCGCCCUCUCUUCGUCAUCAUCUCGAAGAAUCAUCAUCAUUAAUAUAGCAUCAUCGGCAAUCGCAUCUCUGUAGAGUGAGGGCAUAAGUGCAGGGGAAGAGCAGAAGGAAUCGAAGGAGGAGCAGUCGGAGGAGCAGUUGGAGGAGCUGAAGGAGCAGCUGAAGGAGGAGCUCCUGGACACCAUGAGCGUCUUCGACGACUUCCAGCGCCUGUGGAUGCAGCGCUUCCCCCAGAGCUCUCUGUCCGAUGCCUGGGAACUGGAUGUACGGGCCAGUCUCGAGCGGCACAAGCUGCGCAUCCUCGAGCUGAGCAAGGAACUGGAGCAGGAAACCCUCUAUGUGGAGUAUCUGGAGCGCCUGCUGUCCGAUGUGGAGAAGUACCGCGCCUCUGGCGGGGAUCCCACCGCCCUCUUUGAGGCGGCCAGCGGAAGUGGAAGUGGAGGAAGCACCAACAACGGCAGCAGCACCACAAAUGGAGCUCCAGCAGCAGGAAGCACCGCCAACGUGGACAAGGAGUUUAAAUCCAGUUUAAAUCUGCGUGAGUCCUCCACUUCGUCCGGCGGCAAGGACAAGGAUCGCCUGUCGCUGAACACGGACAACAAGUACACAACAACACACACAAAUGCCGCUGGAGGCGGCAGUGGGAGUGGCAGCGGUACAGGGGCGGUGGUAAGCGGGCCGCUACACUCGGCACCGCCCACGGGGGCGGGCAAGCGGACAGCGGAGCUGAACUUCGAGCGGGAGGAUCGGGAUAAGGACAGUGGCAACGAGAAGGACACCAACGGGGCCCUGCAGCAGUGCAUCACCGAAUUGGCGGCCUCCAUAAAAGCCCAGCCCGAUAAUGGAGCAGGCGGGUUAUCAUCAACAACAGCAGGAGGAUCAGCCAGUGGCGAUGUUGAAAAGGAAGCCACAUCCGCCAAACAGCCGUUGCGCAAGUCCACAUCGCAAUAUGUCACCGUCAUUCAGGUCAAGGAGGCCAAAGACAAAGAGGGCGACGAUGGAGCCACCUCUUCUUCGUCAGGGGUCAAUGACACACAGCAGCAGCAGCAGCAGCAACCCACGCCGCCCUCCACAUUCGCUCGCUAUGCGGAAGCCACAGCUCCUCCGCUGUCGCCGUCGCUCACUUCGUACGCUGCCCACGUGGAGGCCAAGAAGAAGAUGCCACCCAGACCUCCGCCAAAGAACAUUCGACGGGUGGAGCCGCCCACCAUUCCCAACCAGCAGCAGCUGUCGUCCUCGCCCAAAAGAGAGACUCCAUUCGUGGGCAGCACCAUGCCCCUGCCCAGCAGUUCCGGCGGCAGCCUCUCCUCCGACAGCCCAGGCAAUUCGCUGGAGCGCAACAUCAAGCCCUCGGACAUUCUGCGCCAGAAGUCAUCCGAGAAUCUGGACUCUAAGUAUGCGGCGAAUCGCAAAACCACACCGGAACUGGGCAAAUUUGUGAAUGUAAACAAUCCAGAGCUGAUGGAAGAGCUCGGACGCAAGAUGGUGGGCAAAACAGACAGUCUGGAGCAGGCGAAGAGGAACGACUCCUCGCCCUCGGGCGGUGGUAGUUUAGGACGCACUGCCUCGACGCCCGGGCGAUCAUUGACCCCGGGACGAACUGGCGUGGGUGCCUCGCCCACUGGUAGCCUAAGCAAAACCGCCAAACUGGCAGCGGCGGACAGCAGUUCGACGAGCAGUCUAGAGAAGAAGUCGCGUACCUGCCUGCAGGCCAGCGAUGCGGAGGGCGGAUCGGGAGCGGCGAACCAGCGGAGCGUGGGCUCCAAGGAGUCGCUGGCAUCACAAGGCAUAUCAGAGGUGAUCAAAAGCUACGAGAGUGUAUCCUCGUUGAGUUCGGAUAGCGCCAAGGCGGCGGCGGCAUCCCAGCAGUCGGCGGCAGCCGGCGGAAAUGCAGCGGACAACGAGCCGUACUAUGAUAGCGUGCCGCUGGACAACGGCGAUGGGGAGUACGUGUUCAUCAAGCCCGGACGCACUGGUUCCUCCUCCAGUCGCGAUGAUUUGUCGACGCCCGGCAGCAGCACCUUGCCCCUGGCGACCAGUGUGGCGGAUCCCGAAUCUCCAGGCAGGACCUCCAACUAUGUCAACAUCGACUACUUCCUACAGCAAAGCAAUGAGACGCGGUCCAGUUCGCUGGACAGCGACGGGGAGUACGAGGGUCCGCCAAUAUUGCGCACCAUUUCGCACGACGAGCAGACCACGUCACAAACAACGCCGGGAGCACUUCGCAAGAACUUAGUUUCAGCGAUACUUGUAUCUGGAAAUGCGCGCGGUGCCAAAAUACGAUCCAUACUCAGCUCCAUUAUUCAGAGCGAGACGAUCUACGUGGAGUGCCUCAAUAAAAUGAUGCAGUACAAGAAGGCCAUCCACGCAACCCUGAACACUUCGCAGCCUGUGAUCAAGGAGGAGGAGGAGAACACGAUCUUCUUUAAGAUCGACGAGCUCCACGAUCUGCACACCGCCUUCCUAUCCGACCUGAAGACCAUAGUAUCCCACGAGGGCGGCGAUGUGCUGAUCGGUGAGCCAUUCCGCCGACUGGCCGAGAUGUUCGAUCUGUAUAGCGCUUUCUUGCACAACUACAAGAAUGCCAUCGAGACGGUGAAGAAGUGCAGUGCGAAUAAUCCGCAAUUCAAGAAAAUCGUCUCGACCAUUGUGGUCAAUCUGCAGACGGAGCAAUCGCUAACGCUGGAGGAUCUGCUGCACAAACCGGUUGCACGGGUGCAGAUUAACGCGUUGGUCUUCAAUGAUCUGUUGCGCGAAACCCCGAAUGCCCAUCCGGAUCACCAGCCGUUGCGGCAGGCGCAGAAGAUCAUCCAGAUGUUCCUUAAUCAAUUCAAUGUGGUCAAUCAGCGGCUGCCCAGCGAAUCGAAUCGGAACUUGAGACGCAUGGUGCGCAAUUCGUUCAUUGUGGAGCUGGUCGAUGGUCACCGCAAGCUGAGGCAUCUCUUCCUUUUCAACGAUGUGAUUGCAUGCGCCAAGUACAAGGCACUGGGCCGUGAUCGCAUCGACUAUGAGUUGAAAUGGUUUAUACCGCUAAAGGAGAUAUCCAUUUACGAGGAGGCGGAUCCGGCGGCCGAGCUGAAGGAAUCUAGUCCAGCGAAUAUUUCGCAAGUGAAGCGCAAUCUGCGCUCGGUUCGAGAUCAAUUGGCCAUGGAGGUGGCCAACAGUGGUGGCGGUGGAGUGCGCUCCGGCGACAAGUAUCGCCGCAAGUUGGCGGAUCUGGAGUCACAGCUGGUGCUGGCCACGCCCAAUCUGGUGCUGCGGCUGGGCAACAAGGCCAACAACAAGACCAUGACCUUCUUCCUCAGCUCGGACUUUGAGCGGACGCAGUGGAUCGACUCGAUCACGUCGCUCAAGCAAAAGUGCAACCUGCCUGGAGCCAAUACCAUCAAUUCCCUGGAGGUCACCGCCUUCAUUGUGGCCAUGCAGAAGGGCAUGAAGACUGAAAUGGGUUCGUAUCUGAUGCGCAACACCAACGACGAGAGCCUGCUGGUUGGCGAUCUGCACAUGUCGGUCCAGGGAUUGGGCGGACUGGAUCAGGCGGCCGACCUGUACAUCUGCAUCGAGGUGGACUCGUACGGCCACUAUUUCCGCAAGGCCACCACCAAGAUGGUGUGCCGCAGCCAAACGCCGCUGUGGAACGAGAGCUUUAUGCUGGAGCUAGAGGGCAGCCAGAAUGUGCGCAUACUGCUCUACGAGGCCAAGGAGCGACCGCUCCUCAGGGCCAAGCACAUACUCAAGUUGAGCCUCAGUUGGCUGACGGAGACAACACAGCCGCGAACCAUUAAGCUUAGUGAGACCUUGGAGCUGGGCUGCAGCUUCCGGUUUGUGCCCGGCGAGCUGUGCCGCGCCACCACCAAGCCAGGAGCCCUCUUCGGUGCCAAAAUGAGUCAAGUAUUAAAACGCGAGAAACGCGACAUUCCGUUCAUCAUCAGUGCCUGCAUUAGGGAGGUGGAGCGGCGGGGCAUGCUGGAGGUUGGCUGUUAUCGCGUCAGCGGUUCCGCCUCUGAUCUGGCCAAGCUCAAAAAGGCUUUUGAGUCGGAUGCCUAUGAGGCGGAGCAGCUGCUGCGCGAGGUAGACAUCCAUUCGGUGACUGGCAUUUUGAAGACCUUCCUAAGAGAGCUGCCCGAGGCCCUGUUCACGGAUCAGCUGUAUCCGCGAUUCUUCGACACAUUCAGCGCCUUUAGCAACAACAACGAAUCCACGCGAAUCAACGAGCUGCUUAAAGUUUUCGAGGAGCUGCCGCAGGUCAACAAGGCCUCCAUCAACUCGAUUCUAGAUCAUCUAAUUAGAGUCCACGAAAAGGAGGCGGACAACAAGAUGUCGCUGCACAAUCUGGCCAUGGUCUUUGGGCCCACCUUGCUGAGGCCGGGCCAAACGCAGGUGAAGCAAAAGGAUCCGCUGGCGGCCAGCACCGUCGACGUGAUGGCCCAGGCCGGCAUCCUUUACUGCUUCCUGCAGGCGCGCAUCAAGAAGGAUUAGGACUUAGAAAGCCGUCUGCACAGAUAUACAUAUGGAAUAUAUAUAUAUAUACAUAUAUAUAAACAUAAAUUAUAUAUUUUUUUUACAUAGCAAUAGCGGUAAUACGAACGAAAUUCGAUGGAUAGCCUACGCAUGCACCACGCCCCCACCUGUCUGCCACGCCCCCCAGCACAAAUUAUACACAAGAAACGCCUAAACUCUGGAAAAUGCCUGAAAAACACACAUUGAAAACGCUUGAAAUUCGCCUAAAAUCACACGUGAAAACACUUUAAUACACCUGCGCUGCCAAUUGUAUAUACCAGAAACCGGAAUUGCAACUAAAAACUGAAGAUAGGGAUGGAUCUGGCGAGGAAUACGGAAUAUAAUGCCCUCAAAAUCCAAUAUAGGAUCCGGGGAUGUGAACAAAUCUGCUCAAUGGCGGGCUCACACACGCACAACACAACACAACACACACACAUCAGCAACAACACACACCUGGGAUGAUCAAGUGUCUAACACUGAAUAGCUGCUCCUCCGCUUACUAAAUAUUAUUCCCAUGUAUUACAGAUAUUUCGGUAGAUCUGUAGACUGUAUGCUUUACCUUUUAGAUGCGACCCUUACAUCAGCUUACUGCAACUAUUGCAAAAAAGUUAAAAAAAAAAGAAGGGGAAAGCAUAAAAUUGCAAAUAUUUUCAAUAUUACACGUAUAUAUCUAGAGACAUAUAUACCAACCUAUAUAUAAUUAAUUACUACUACUAGUACUAUAAUUUACUAAAGUGAGGUAGCAAGUUUUCCCGGCUGAUUGAUCAAUGAUUGAUGAUAUACGAUGUAUGUGUUUGCUUAAAAAAAUUCUGUUUUUUUUUCUCGUCUUGUUUUAUAUUAAUUAUUUAGGUUUUUAUAUAAACAGAAGCGUAAAAUAAAGUAUAUUCUAUUUAGAAA